AGCGCGGUCGCCACCGCCCCACCCGCAUGGAGGGCGGCGGGGAGGCGCUGCCCGCGGACCUGCGGGACCUGGCGGGCAAGGUGGGACGGCGCCCGCCCGCCGUGCUGCUGCGGGGGCUGCGGGCCGACACCGCCUCCGCGCCGUUAGCGCCGCCCGCGCCGCCCGCGACACCCGCACCGGCCCGCGGUGCCCACCCGCCGCUCGCCGAACGCCUCCGGACGCUCCGCCUCGAGCUGGCUUACCUUCGAGCGGUGGAUGUGAAGAUCCUGCAGCAGCUGGUGGUGGUCAACGAGGGCAUCGAGGCGGUCAAGUGGCUGCUGGAGGAGCGGAGCACCCUGACCAGCCGCUGCAGCAGCCUGGCCAGCAGCCAGUACAGCCUGGUGGAGAGCCAGGAGGCAUCACGGCGGGGCAGCUGGGACAGCCUGCAGGACCCCAACGACCGGCUGGACAGCAUCUCCGUCGGCAGCUACCUGGACACCUUGGCYGAUGACAUGGACGAGUAUUCCCAGAACGCCGCYGAMACUGCCGCUGCGUCCGCGACGGGCMGAGCCCUGGCCAGGGCAGAGCAGGAUUGGGCCAGGAUCGACCCUGAGAGGGGUCUGCCAAAGCAAGAGAAGGACAAAGAGGAGCACGAGUGGCCCCACGUGGACCUCUCCCCGCCUGGGCUGCCCCAGGAUCGCCGGUUUGCUAAGGAGCCCCAGGUGGCCAAUGGGUUUUUGGGCCAGCAGUCCCCCUCUCUGGAGCCAGACAGAGACACCAAAUCACCACCGGGGGCCAGGGAGAGGCCGGGGAAGGGGAAUCCGGAUGGAAAGGCUUGGAAAGCUGAGGCUGACCUUGAGAACUGCAAACUCAACAGCAAACUGCACCUGGAGUACGAUGCCCACUGGCGCUGGCUCCAGUCACAGGAUGAUGUGACAUUCUUAUAGCCCGUGGCUUYGCCUUCCCAGUCCAGCUCUCCCAGCUGCCCACUCUGCUUCACUUGUCUGUGCUUGGGAGAUUUGGGGUGGCUGGAGAGGGGGGCCAGGCUGGCUUGGUGGUGUUGCACUGUUCCUCUGAUUGCCCCAGCAGCCAUAAGGGACUGGGUGCCUGCCCUGCAGCACAUUUCUGGGAGAGGUGGGAUGGGGUGGGUCUUGACAGAUUUAAUCCUUUGCUCUAGGGUGGUGCUUGCACCACUCCUCAUUGUCCUUGAUGUUGGUGGUGGGAAAACRUGGGACAGUGGGAUUCCUGGGAUCUCUCCCUGUAAUGCUCAGUUUCCUGUGUGCAAAAACUGGGGAUCCUUCCCCCAAAAAUGACUACCCAGAGAGGAUGGGGGACACUGCUAUGCAUCCACUGCUCAGUGGCACCAGCAUGCUCAGUGUGGGGCAGGACCAUCGGCAGGGCACCCCUGUUGGAUCUGCUCAUUUCCUUCAUUGUCUUCAAGGCCAGUGUCCAUCCAGGACAGGGCUGACCUGGGGUGUGGCCCCAGCACGUGGUGGAUGCUAAAACCCCUUCCCUGGGGGUGCAGCCCUGCCUGGAUCAAAUGCCUGUGAAGCCAGUCUGAGGCGGGGCUGGGGAGCCUUUGUCCUGCAGAGGAAGGAUGAUGGUGCAGGCUUUCCAACGUGAUGAAACGAGAACAACGAAGCACUGGGUGGGAAAUGGAAAUCCAGUUCUCUUGUUCCUGGGCUGUCUUCCACCCUGAGAGCAGUCCUGCAGAAUCUCUGGGAUGUGGCAGCACACAGACAGCCCAGCAGAGCCUGCAGGGCUCAGACUCGGAGAGGCUCCUGCUCUCCCCUGACACAGUGGGAUGAUGGUGAAGGCCGGGUUUCUCUCUGUGUAUCAUGGGUGCUGCCAGGCCUCUGCCUCCUACCAGCAACCCGAAACAUCUCUGUCAGGGUGGAUUUGCAGUGACUCUGCUCUGGAGACAUCUCCUCUGUCUUUUUAGCCUUGGCUUCUGCCCGUGCCUUUUGCUGUCCCCACCACGCAUGUCCUUCACUGGCUYGUAGAGCAUGGCUUGCAGCUGGGGCUGUGUGAGAGCUUGGGCAAGACCUGCUGCCUCCAGAUGAUGCAGGGARGAACCUGAGCAUCAUUCAAGGAGCCAUGCUCUUCCACAUUUGUGGAUAAGCCUGGAGUGUGCUGACUUCAGAGCCCAUGGGUGCACGUGUCCCCAGCCGAGCACAGUGACAAUAUUGCUCUCGCCAUCGUGCCGUUGUUCCCUUGCCUGCAUGGUCACAGCUUGGAUCUCUCCUUGCUGGGAUGGUAGGAGUGAGGACAUUGCCUUGUGAUGUCAGUGGGAAGCUUAGAGAGAGGGAAGUGACUGGCUGUGACUUUCCAGAUGUUGGGAAGGUGUUUGGGGGCACAGUGGGUUCAGCUUGGUGUCUCUGAAACAGUACCUUCAGUGGGAAUUACCCUCUGUUCUGAGAGCCCUGAGCACUGCAGAUCCUCAGGACUUCCCUGGAUGGAAGUGGAGGGCAGGACAGUACCCAAGAUUCUGGAACCUGCUGAGGACCUGGGGAAAUCCCAGCACCCUGGGACUGGGUUGCCCUGUGCAAGAAUCCACCUGGCUGCCCUGGAGCAGCUGUGCCUGCCUUGCCAUGGCCUGCGAGCAGCUUGUGGCUCCCUGUGUGCGCUGACACUGAGCCACCAUGUCCCCAAGGCUGGCUGUCCCCUGCUUUCCUGCUAACCCUGCAUGCAAUGAAUCASCUGAGGGUCCCUGGGGGAGACAGGGUAAUUCCUUUGGCGCUGUUAAAAUCAUUUUCAGCAAAAAAUAGCUGGCUUAAUAAACGUUGGUGUUUCUCCCAGG